AGCAGAGUCAGUUUUAUUUUUGCUUUCAUGUCACGAGCACCUUGGUCUCAAAACAAUAAAAAAAGGAAGAAUUCAGCGAUCAAUCUAGUUGAAAAUAAAACGUUUGCAGUGAACUUUCACUCGCCGACCUCAGAAGAAAGUGAAAUCUGUAUCCGCCUGAACUUUGACAAACUGCGAGACAGAAUGAAAGUGCUUUCGAAUGAUCGAAUCAAACGAUUCGAAAGUGGUUUCGCCGUUGACAUUACCUAACCCCGUACCGUACCCAUGAAAAAAUGUGUUUGAAAAGUGAAACUGAGCGAUCUUUUCCGAUCAUUACAAUGCAGCACCAACGUCGAGUACGUGGCCGUAGGACGCCAGCUUCCGCCGAAAAUUUCACUCAAAAGAACCCCGCUGGAAGGGAUGUGUCCAUCGAGAGAACCACCGCCCUGUGUUCCGGCUAGCCGACGCUAUCGAACCCACGACGGAACGUGCAACAAUCGGAAAAAACCCCGCUGGGGCUCGGCCCAAAUGCCCUUCCAUCGGUUUCUAGCUCCAGAGUACGCAGACGGCGUUGAUGCGAUAAGACGUUCGAUCAACGGAUCUCCGCUGCCUUCGGCACGUUUUGUUAGUCUGGUAGUGCAUGGAACUCGCCAGGAGGAAGCCCCCGUAACGAUGAUGCUUGCCCUAUGGGGUCAGCUGUUGGAUCACGACCUAACCGCAACGGCACAACCUCGCAGUCUGAACGGUUCAACACCGCGCUGCUGUGGGGGUACAAAUGACGAAGCGCUACAUCCGUCCUGUCUGCCCAUCAAGGUUCCACUGGAUGACCCGUGGCUGUCGCCUCUCGGUGUGCGAUGUUUGGAGUUUCUACGUUCGGCGCCAGCUCAGCGGAGAGAUUGUCUGCUAUCGUGGCGCGAACAAACCAACCAGGUAACGACGUACAUCGACGCGUCUCCAAUUUAUUCGAGCAAUCCGCGCACCUCAGAUAAUGCGCGUAUCUUUCGAUCCGGUUUGCUACUGUUCGGACGAGGACCACCAAGCGAAGACGUGUGCUUCCGUGCUGCUUUAGCCAAUCAAUGCAUUCGACCUGGCGAUGCUCGAAGUGGCGAACAACCGGGGUUACUGAUGUUACAUAUGGUUUGGGUAAACGAACAUAACCAAAUUGCUACUCAACUCUCCGAUAUCAAUCCACACUGGAGCGAUGAGAAGCUCUAUCAAGAGGCACGCCGAAUAGUUGGAGCCAUGUUUCAGCACAUCACCUUCCGCGAAUUUCUGCCGAUAAUUUUGGGCAAACAGGUUUGCCGGCUGUUCAAUCUAGAGUUGGAGACCAGUGGUUUCUACAAAGGGUAUGACCCUAGCACAAACCCUACUGUGACAAACGAGUUCGCGGCUGCUGCCUUCCGCUUUGGUCAUUCUUUAAUACAGGGGUCCUACAUGAGAGCGGAUCGGUUCCAUCGUUUUAUACCGAACAAUGUGACGCUACACGAGGAGUCCGCAGACGGUGAUCUCGGUGGUCCAGGAUCGUUGCACAGAUUGGUGCGUGGCAUGGUCAACCAGCGAGCCUUGAAGCGUGACGAGUUUAUAACAGCGGAGUUAACUAACCAUUUAUUUCAAACCAGAAGUUUUCCCUUCGGCCUAGAUUUGGCAGCGAUCAACAUACAACGCGGUAGAGAUCACGGCAUUCAGCCGUACAUAAACUGGAGAGUACCAUGUGGGCUCACCCCUAUUAGAGAAUGGGAUGAUCUGGAGCGAGUCAUGGGUCCAGCGUCGGCACAUCGCUUACGUAAAGCCUAUCGCAACUUAGAUGAUAUCGAUCUGUUCGUAGGAGGUCUCGCUGAACGACCGGUGGUGGGAGGUAUCGUAGGACCAACGUUUUCCUGUAUAAUUGCUCAGCAAUUUAGCAAUCUUCGCAAGGGAGAUCGCUUUUGGUACGAAAAUUCAGGUUUUGAAUCGUCGUUUACUCCAGCGCAGCUGGACGCAAUUCGACAGGUAGCUUUCUCACAGGUUCUGUGUCGCUCACUUGGAGGGGGAACCCUGCAGCCGCACGUUUUUCUUCCAGCUGAUAUAGUACAAAACGAGAGACUGCCCUGCGACUCGAAACUGAUGGCACCUAUCGACCUGGAACCAUGGACGGAACGAGACCCGUUCACUAGACCUAAUGACGUACCGAAUACUGGACAGAGCGAGAACCUGAUCGACCUUGAAGCAGUACAACCCUUUGUCACAACUACAUCGACAACUAGACAGCCUACGAAAAAGGCGAAUAUCGUUAGUAACGUUGACUUUAUACCGAACAGAAACGUUGGACUGCAGAUACCUUCGAACGGACACAUAGUUCUGAACUCCUUGACAACUCCUGUCAACAACAAACUAGACAUUAGUACUUCGGCCAAACCGCCAGCUAUUUCUCACGUAACCAGACCUAGUUCGAAUAAGGAGCCCACAUUACUCGUUUCCUCUAAUGUUGACAACAAACUAGACUUUACCGGCACGACUGAACCUCCACAGCGGAAACCGACUAGAAAAACUACCCCGAAACGACGACCAACGGGAGCAACGAAUGGAAUAAUUACCAAACUAGAUUUGACACGAGACUCGCAAGUAAACCUAACGGACAGUGAUAAUGAUAACAGAAAAAAUCACACGCUAACGAAACGAGACCUGACGUACAUCAACCUAUCAAAGCUAUUCACGAAAGAUGAUAACGCAACUUUACUUCUGAAGAAGGACAUCGCACUUCGACAUGGCUACUAUCCGGCCCCUGCGCCGGCUCCACCCUCGGACUAUGACGACAUAAACAACUAUGACUACAGCUCAGACGCUGACCCACCCGUAUACGUGAAACCUGGCUACGGAUAUGACGCACCUGACACUGAACCUCCACCACCUAAUCCCUACUACUAUGCUCCGACCGAAGAACCACCCCAACCACCUUACUGUGGCUACAAUUGCUACAAUCCACCACUAACGACAUACAGUCCGUACGGAUUAGACACAGAACGUGGACCGACCCGACAGACGACCCCAAAACGAGGACUCUCGAACAAAGUAGGUAACGCUAACUAUUACUACGAUACGAGGAUUAGACAAAAAACGACAAGACAACAACAGCAACGAAAAACUACCCCAAAAAGACCAGGACUUGUAGUAAUAAACGAUAACCGACCAAAUGACAAGCCUAUUUUUCUAUCAUCUUCUGUCUCUUCUGCACCUGCACUGAGCUCUACCGCCUUAUUUCAGAACUCUAAAAAUCCUUCCUCUUCUGCUGCCUCUCAGUCUGUCUUUUCCGUAGACCCUAGACCUCAGUUCUCUUCUCGAUCUAUCGCAGUAUCUUCGCCUACAUUUUUCCAAAAACAAACGAAACCACAGAAAGAACUACGAACCAGCCAAAACCGACUUCCAUCCGGACUAAUAUCUACGCUGAAACAUGACUACGACUACGACAGCCUAGUACCGGACGCUGAACGCCUAACCGAAACCCUGAACGUUCACGAACAUGACGGCUACCUUCGACCGGAACAGAACAAAUACGAACCUAUCAAAAAGACAAGCGACCUUGAGACUUACCGCAACUACAGCCUAUUCAACAUACGCAACGCAAUGACCGCGAUAAGAUACGAAAUACCAAAAGACGCCACGCUUUGGACACAGACGGACGAUCGACGAUACGCCGAACGCUACCCACAACCUCUGGAACUGGAAGACGAUCAGGAUCAAUUCGUUCGACCCUACAUUUACCAGGACGAGACAACCGAUGAACCAUCCACUGAAAAAACUUCACAAAAUGACGCAAAUACGACCAUCAUUUUGACUGACAAAGUAGAUCGAACGGGACUUGAAACAACUACCGACUUUGACUCACACGUACCAUGUACAGAAGAGCAACUACAUCCGACUAAUAACGAAAAAUUAUUGACGCAACUAAUUGACUUCAACCAGACCAAAGAACAAACUCCUAAAGACUCUUUGGUGGACUCCAAUGACGAUGACUCUACCGACAGUGUACAUGACAAGCUUUCAGGACAACACCAACCGAUUAUGUACGAAAAAGACUUUCUCGGUACCAGAACACGACCACUCGAACAGGAUCGUUUAACAAACAAAUCGACAGUGACAGAUUCGGACGACAGUAUCGACUACUCCACCCGUGAUGACACGCCCGAGCUGACGGACGAGACAGAAGACUACGGAGAACUUCCACUCCCGGACAUUAUUGACCCACUCGAAACCAUGGGAUUGGCACUGUUCGGAGACGUUCACGGACGAUCGCCCACUAAGGACAGCAUACUGGCUAUUCCGGACGAGACUGACAGAACGGACGACCGACAGACAACAGUCGACAGACCAAAGUUCGACCGACAACCGACAGGCAACGCGCCACCUCGACGACGCAGACCUAUCAACUCGAAACGACCGACCGUUAGCAAGCAAGGACUAAACCAUGACCGAAGACAGCAAGGAAUCCCACUGGUUCCCUUCGUACUGCUUACUAGCAUCGAAAGACCGGACAACUGGGUGAUGUUUAAUGUGGCCAAGUCGAAGAAGCGCAAACCAUUGCCGGAAGUUCCGUUGCUCAAGAGUGACGUUUACUCCCUAAGCGAGCUGCCGAAACCGAUUAGUGCUGAGGACUAAUUUUAGCUUACGUACACUGUGACUUCAGCUAGCAGGCAUCUCUAUCUUAUUUACUUAGUCCGAUCGAAGCUAUCAUCGCUGCGGAUCGGCGUUGUGUGAAAAGGGGAUAUGCUAUUUCGUUUACACACACGCGGAGAUGUUAGUCCUUCAAACAUGGCGCGAUGUCAUCUAGCUGUGCGACUUACGUUACUAAUGACCAACUACUGACAGACGUAUAAACUGUGACUGACUUACAAACUGUGGAAAAAUACAAACAACAGUACCUACUUUAUUGACAGCAUUUACAGAAAAAACAAGACCAACCAUGACUUUACAGGAUGCAACAAUUCUAUUCUGCAUUAUAUGAUAGCUUGUACUUAAUUGUUCCGGCAACGAUAUUUUGUUAUGAAAUAUUUAUUUAUUUAUUUAUUGAUAUUUAUUUAAAAGGAUUUCUAUAACUAUAA